AUGGCAUCAAAUGAUAAUCAACUGGAAGAAAAGCAGGAAGAAGUAGAGCCAAUCAUGAUUUUGGAUGUGAACCAAGAAGAAUUGGAUCUAAAUCAUGGUCGUAUCGGCAAAAUUGAGAACCUCGAACCAUUAGUACAACUAAAGAGAUUAUACCUUCGUUGGAACUUAAUAAAAAAAAUUGAAAAUUUGGGUACCUUAACAACAUUAGAGGAACUGGAACUUUAUGAUAAUCAAAUCACCAAGAUUGAAAAUUUGGAACCACUGAGCAAUCUUAUAAUGCUGGAUAUAAGUUUUAAUCGAUUGACGAAAAUUGAGAAUCUGGAUGAACUGUCGAGCUUACAAAAGCUCUUUUUAGUGUCCAAUAAAAUUGCAUCUAUUGAAAAUCUUCAAAGCCUUUCAAACUUGACUAUGUUGGAACUGGGCGAUAAUAAGAUUCGUGAGAUCAAAAAUCUUGACUGCCUUCCGAAUUUAACACACUUGUUUCUGGGGAAAAAUAAAAUUACUAAGAUCCAGAAUUUGGACAAGCUUACAAAACUGGAAUGUCUAAGUCUUCAAUGUAAUCGAAUAGUCAAAAUUGAAAAUUUGGACAAGUUGAUAAACUUGAAAGAAUUGUAUUUAUCUGAAAAUGGAAUUGAAGUCAUUGAAAAUCUUGAUGAAAACAAGGACCUUGAAACAUUAGAUUUGGCAAUAAAUCGUAUAAAAUCUAUUGAGAAUGUAGGACAUAUGAAGGAACUACAAGAGUUUUGGGUCAAUAAUAAUCAAAUUAGUGCUUGGAAAUGUCUUGAACAAUUAACAGGUAAUCUGAAGCUUGAAACUGUUUAUUUGGAGAAGAAUCCAAUUGCAUCUGAUAUCCAAUAUCGUAAAAAAAUCAUGCUCACCAUUCCAUGGAUUAAAAAGAUUGAUGCAACUUUAUGUCAUUGA